AGACAAAGUUAUUUUCGAACAUCUUUGUCUGUCAUAUUCAGUCAAGAAAGUUUUUUUACUAUUCAGAAGUCUGUGAACAAUGUCACAAGAUAAAGUCAGGGAAGUGAACGCGUUAUUGAUCUGAGAGAAUAAUAUUGAUGUAGCGCGUGACCCGAUACGUAUAUACAGUAACUGCACAGUGUUGUCAGGGCUGAAAUUAACAAAUAUAAUUCGAGUUGAUAAUUUGAUGACACUUAAAACAAAGGCUACUCUUCCAAUCGGUAAUGCGAUCUCUUUGAAAUCCAGUGUUACUCUUCAGGGGGCGGAAAGACUAUUUGCAAAAAUGAAAGGUGAUAUCUCUCGAAGAGCAAUACAUUUGGUUUGGUUUUGUUUGAAUUGGGCAGAUUUGUUACUCGUCGUGAGUAGUCUGUCAACCCAGCAGAUGAGACUUGUCGCUUUGACUUGUAAUCGUACACCAAACAUGUUUGGGCAAUGACAGACACAUGUCUUAUUUUGGUGACCAAAAGAUAAUAUGACAUGAUGAAAUUCAUAAGAAAAUCGUGAGUUGCACGGGUUCGAAUUACCGUACAAACGCCACGUUGGACGUUAAAACCUACUGCGGUAACGACAAAUGUCGCUUGUAUAUGUCGUUCGCUUUGUAUGAAGGUUCAUUCGACGACGCUCACAAGACAACACAGAUUGUUAGAAGGCAAUGCGAGAAAUACCAGUUGACUGGGAAUCCGUCACUGCAAUAUAGGCUCACAACAUGGAAUCUGUGGAAAUUCCCAUUAAAAGAAGGAGAUUUGUGACACCAAGAGAGACUGAUGAAGAAUGUGCAGAAGAGACAAUUGAAGGGCAUGCUGUUGUACAUUUGGAUGCAAACAUUUUGCACAGGAUCAAGCAAGAGCCAGUAGAUUAUAAUGAAACACCAGAAUAUACUUGCGUCACGUUUCAACAGGACAGUGAAAAUUCCUUAGAGGAACUGUUGCCGAAACAUUCUACCUCAGAUGAAGGUAAUUUACAAAUACAAACAACAAGCGGUGACCAAGGCGAUGAGAUUUGUUCUGUCCCACGGGAGAAUCAGGAAUCACCUGAGGGAGAAGACCAAAGUGAUUUAACUGAAGUGUCAGCAUCUCUGAAAUCUGCGUCUUCCGUCACAGACACAUCAGGAGUUCGUAGGAGUUCGCGCCAGCGCCAUUUAGUACAACGACUAUCAUCUCAACACAAAGGGAAGGCAUCUACCGACUUUCAAACACAGAGCCCUGAAGCACAACCAGUUAGCAACCAGAAGAACCUAUUAAGGACUGUUCACAGACGAGAUACGAGCAGUACCAGUCAACGUGUCUUUCCAAACGAGUUGUCUGAUCAAGGACGAUUAGGCGCAACACAAACUUAUGAUAUAAUAAGCGAUGAAAGUGAUUUCUUCAAACGACGAUUUCGCAAGAUGUUGAAAGACUUGGUGGCAAAACGCAUGCUAAAACUACAGCAAUCAGCAGUUUACAGUGGAACUGUAUCAGCUUUAAGGCGGAAAGUGGCGAUUCUUGAACGAAGAAACAUGCAGUUGGAGGAUAAAGCUGAUAGACUUCAGACAUCCAUUAUGAAUCUCUACAGCGAGAGAGAGAACAGGACGGCUACGACUGUAUCACGAGGCACUCAAGUCUCUAUGGGAAUGAUUCUGAGUCGGGCUUGGACGGCUAGUCACGGCGCAGAGAAGCCUGUGACAACUGCUUCAGAAGAACGGAGACCGUCAUGCGGUUCUGAGGACGGACCAGUCAUAGUAAAAGUUUGUGGUGCAUCUUCCAACGUUCAACCUACGCAAAACCCGCCAGCAGUUUUUCACAAUACAUGGCAGCAACCAAUGACAUCAUUUCCUUCUUCACAAAGGAGCCAAGCUAACGCCUCGCUCCCCAAAAUACAGUAUGUUACUUCCGGAGAUGGCUUAGUACCUAGAACGCCUUAUCACCAUCCACCUGUACACUGUCGCGAGACAUUUAUACUUCCAGAGCAUCGAUUUCUUGGCCACAGGUCAAAUGGAAUGCCCAUUUCUCAAGGAAACAAAGCCGGGUCUUUGCAAGCCACAACCAUACCCAUACAAAGCUCAGUGACAAGCAAUAUAGCAAUGAAUUGUGCCGCUGCUAACAAUGUAGGAAAGCAAGGCCAACUGUCGGGCGUGGCAGUACCCUGUUCAGGCAGUGUUCCUGUGUGCAUACAAAAAACUAGUACCGGGCCGAUACAUCGCAUCGCCACCGUCCGACCUCAGCAAGUACUUCCUUCCACUUCGAUUAUUCCUGUUAGUCAAACUGCUGUCCAGCAAACGACUCAAGUACCACAACCUCCUCAUGUUCAGCCUGCGCCUUCAAAUCAUCCGAGACCAGGUGAUCGGAACACUCAGUCAACUUAUCAGGCAUCUCGCCACGUUCCACCACAAAAUAACGAAAAUGACUCACCAACAGCAAGACUGGUACUUAUGUACAGUCAGAGUGGAAAUACUCUCACUACUUCGAAGCAAAGUGGCGUUAGAAGCGACCAGCUAGUCGCGUUUCGAGACCAAUGUCCUGAGACGGUUGCACAGAUUACCCAAGAAGACCAGGCUCAGACCAAAGAAGGCGACCCCAAGCCAGAAAAUACACCGCCUGCAAACAGUCCAUCCUCCCAGUAUCGCAUCCGAGGUUUUCACGAAAUGCUACCCGAUUCGUACCCCAACGUGAAACAUAACUGCAGAGCUAAGGCAGAUUCAGUCCCAGCUUUAGGACGGAAACAACGUUCGCAAUCCACAGGUGAGACUGCUUCGAAAUCAAGUGAGCUUCACACUAGCCAGGAAGUUACAGCACCUAGACGGCGAAGACCCCCUCUGGGUUGUCCAUGUUGUUCCCCAGAUACCAGCAAAAGAAACACAGCUGGAAGCCAAAAUUCAGAGAAAAGGCAAGGUAACAUUUCGCCAACGCAUGUAUGUCGGCAGCAACAAAGUCAUAGUCAGUUAGGACACGACAAGGAUCAAUUGAUGGUGCCUGCUGAUAUAACACGUGCUAAUGCUCAGGGAGUUGCAACUCAGUCAGCUUUAUCCUCCGCUUUUUCACAACAACAGUGUCUUCCAGUCACGCAACCAUCACUUAACUCUCAGCAUUCUAUUUCAACUGCAGCAUCUGCCAAUCAAACAGCUUCAACGACUUCAAAUUAUCAGUACCAUCAGAAUCUCUCCAAAGGUCAACUGAACUUUCCAACAUCUGCCCAACAAUCACUCCAAACCGGAAACACACACCCAGUAGCUCCUGAAAAUGCAUAUCUCAAACAAUCGUUUGAAGUGCCGCGACCUGUACAGCCCACGCAGUUAGUGCCACAACAAACGGGAGCACAGAACAGUCCCGCCCCAGUGAGAAAAUCGUUAGAUCGACCAGUUUCUUUUCGUCAGCAAGAAACUAGAGGGUUCCCUAACCAAAUGGCACAAGCCGGUUUUCAUCAUCAGCGACGUGGUCAUCCUCCCCAGACUCAAAUAUAUUACAAUCCAAACGAGCAGAUUGCUCCACAUAAAAAAGACUAUAGUACCGUAGGUAUUCAGGGAUACAUUCAUCAUCAACAACAACACCACCAACAUCAGCAUCAGCAACGACAACAGCAACAGCAACAACUUCAACCACUGCAGCAACUUUUACCUCAGCAGCCACAACAAUUACCACUUCCAAUACCACCACCACCACAACAACUACAACAACAACCACAUCAACAACAACAACAACCGCAACCACAACAGCAAAGACAACAGCAAUACCAACUACCACAGCACUACCAACAACCACAGCAUUACCAACAAUACCAACAGCAACUGCAACCUUCCUGGUUAACGCAGUAUCAGCAAAGAGCAGGUUACUUGCAGCCUCCAGCGGCACCAAAUCAGCUCCAACAAACCAUGAUAUACCCCAAAUCACAUUUAAGUACACAACCACUCUGGCAAUAUAACCGUCAAUUUACAGUGCCAAAUAUGAAUCCUAAUGGGAUGCUUGUUCCUGGACAAUCUGUCCGUUUUAAUAAUACGACGAAUGCCAAAAAUUACCACUCUGUACAAGCUCCUCCUAGUCAAACACAGCCCACUACACCAUUUGAGUGUCCUCCUCAAAGUAUGAGAGAUGGUACCUAUUAUCACCAGGAGAUGCAAACACAGGCUUAUCAAAAUCAAAGAGACGUCCCCAUCUCUUCAGGACAAGUUAGCCAGCAGCACUUACGCCAUAACCAAAUGGUAGACGCCUCACCAAAUGGGUUGCAGUCCUCGCAGUUAGCUGUCCCUCUACGAAACAGCCCAAAUGCCAGUUUUUUAUUUUCCAAUCAGAGUCUGAUGAGGUUUUCUACUUCAUCCAUGCCAUCGACGCAAAAUGGUACUCAAGCAAAUUCUACAAACGUAGUGCGGAAGCUGUCAUCUUUGUCUGGUAGGGAGAAUGGACAUCCAGUUGUAAGAAGUGCUUCUCUGUCAAAUCCUACCACGCCUUCUUCAUCUAAAACAAUAACAGAUGACCGUUUUCCAGAAAGUCAGUGCGUAACUUCUUCGGCUAGCCAAUCCGAAACGAAUGACUACGCUCUUGCUCUAACAGUCAGGGGUGCGCAAAUGGGAUCUGUUCAAGAUUCUAAUUUGAAAAACGGUGGCAAAGUCACGCCUAAAGAAGAUGCUUCCUUGGUUUCAACUAUUUAUCAGGGAGGCAGUGGUUAUUUUCAGUCGUCCCCUUCUCAACCCUCAGCAGAGAGCACGCUCUCCCACAAUGCUAAUAACUCUGUCCGUUUACCAAUAUGUACAGAGAAAGAUAAUCAGUGCAACCAAACGUUGUCAAUCCCACACCAAGAUGAUUCCACUCACGUUUAUACACCGGAAGAUAGACUACACUCACAGGCCCGAGCCAUGAGUAGACUAGAAGAUCACGAGGAUGGCAAAGUUAGUAACCAUCUGGACUCUAUAAAACCUGUUCUUAGUGUAGAACAAAGUGACAAUGGAAUUAUUUUGUCAUGGGAUUUAAAAAACCGCGAAGACGAAUCAAAAGUUGUCAAGUAUGAACUAUAUGUGAUGUCCGUUGCCACCGAAGCGGGACGUUUGGCCAAUUGGGAAAGUUUGGGUAUCGUGGACGCUCUCGCUCUUCCUAUGGCAUGUACGAUGACUCAGUUUCUCCAAGGAGCCUCGUAUCAUUUUGCUGUUCGUGCUAUCACAGCAAAUGGCCAGUGUGAACUGUUUAGUGAUCCUUGCUCAAUCACCGUUAAUGGGUCACACUAACUGGUUUAUUUUUUGUGUACCUUACCGUAUGUUGAUUCGGGGUUUGAGAAUUAACUUCUUCCGUUUUUGUUUUGUUGCUUUCCUGUGGUCGACGGAAUUUCUACGGUGUACCGAAUUUAAGCACUGAGUGCUACCUGAGAGUGUUUAGCCAAUCAGAGCACGAUUUCAAAAGAAAGAUUCUGAAUUUGUUGAUGAUCUCACCAAUCGAGCAGUGCGAUUGUGAGCAAUUAAUAGAGAUAAUUUUUAUCGGCUGUUAAAUAAGUCCAAAUUUCUUUGACUUUAACAGCGCGACAAGUGAGCGACAAAAGUAUUAAAUUUCAUUUAAUACCAGCGCGUAGAAAACAACUCCCAGCAAUAAUGCUAUGAUUUAAAACAAAUUAUUCCCAAAACGAUUCAAAAUUUUGAUCAAGUUACCAAAACAAACUCGACCCUCAGACGCAAAACCUGUCGACCAGAACAUAAUUUUGAAUCAACCCGCCAGCUCGGCCAAGUGUAGGAAACAGAAUUGUGAACCAGUCUAGCGACCACAGUGAUUGCGAACACAAUGUGGAUUUCCCGACUCUUAAGUCAGCGUUAGAAAUAAUUUUUAACCCAGUGGUAGAUGUUAUCUCGACACCAGCAACAGACCAGAGCUGUGAUUGGUUGAAACUUUCAGGUGGCCAGAUUGAAGAUGUUGCACCGAAAUUUAGAUUCACGCUUUCGGAUAAAAACGCCCGGGAAAUUCAUAAUUAUUGCAAGCUAAAGAUCAAUUUCUGUCUGCCCUUAUUAUCUUUGGAAAAACAAAUGACUGGCUUCAAUGUUUUAACUCAGCCCUGUAUUGAAGCCACCAUGACGUCAAUCCAGAUGAUCCCAGAUAUCCAUUCGCGCCGAACUAACCGACGUUAAUUAUUCGAGAGUUGGAAAUUCAAUUUGGAAUAGAGCAAUGGAAAGCAAUAGAUGCUGGAAGGAGGCAUCGACUUAGUCCUUGAUCGUUUUGUUGACUGUUGCGUAUGGUUGUAGCGAGCACAAUUAUCUUUUGUUUCUGAAGGCGAAUUUGUCUAGUUUUGUUACUACAGUAUAGAAGGAAAUUCUCAUGUUUACCGUAAGGGAGCAGUUGAGUCAAUAUUUUGUUCUUUCCCCAGAACUGCUCUACUUGUAUGUAAAUAAAGAUUCUUGUCUUCGUUCGACAGAUUGCAUAAGGUGCAGGAGUCUCCUAUCAUUUGUCUGUCUCUUUAAUAACAGAGUGGUUAUCGAUUGCGUGAAGCCCUCCAGAAGAAAAAAAAAAACAAAAAAAACCUAUAUAUUAAAUGGUAAUCAGACGAAAUCGUCCCAGCGAAAUAGCUUUAUCUUACCAUAUGUCAGUCAAUUGAUCGAAUAUCGAAUGCCACGAUACUUAAAGGCACUUUUAGCUGAUUUGUCUCAAGAACAUGGAGGUUAUUUUUUUUUCGCCAUAAUAUAAUCUUAUUAAUUCCAAAUUGUAGGUAUAUACAACAGCUAUGGAAUCACCAAAAACCUAUAUCUAUGCCUUUCUGUGUCUGUAAAAACGGGCGGCCGUCGCAGAGGUAUUUGAACUCUGAUUUUAAACGCCUUUUUUCUGUUUUCUUUUCAGAAUUCACUUGAAUGAGGAUUUGCAUUUUUUUCGCUGGUGAAGUGUCUUAGUCAACGUCACAGGUCUCGUUGAUCUGGAAUUGUAAUGUAAUUUUUUUUUUCCCGCGGCGUUUCUUGACUACCUUUGAUCAUCAUUUACUCAAACUAAUUAUCUUGUCUAGGGGGGCGUGUACUAUAUUAAGACAAUAAGACCAAGGAGAAAAACAUUAAGGAAAACGGUGUGGUUAUGGCUAAUCACCUGCACGCGUGCUCAGAAUCGACCUAUCCAAUGUGUUUAGCACCAACGGGCAGAUGUUUUUAACUAAUGGCUCUUUUGACCAUUGUAGUUUAACGUUUGAUUGAUCUGACGUUUGAGCUCGUCUUUGAUGCAACGAUUGCAUUAUCUGUGCAAGGAAACCGCCAUUGUAGCCGUUGUAUGUGUAGUAUAUGAGCUGUGUGUGUUUGUCUUACCACAGAAACCUUUCCAUUACUAAAAAUUAAUUGUAUCAAUUUAUUUCCAGAGUUUAUGACUUUGUAUGCUUUUGCCAUACCCCGUUGUUACUGUCGUAAUAGGUGGAAACAUCUCCGCCAAAUACCAGAUUCUUUUAUGUAAUGAAUAAUCAUCGAGCAGCUGCAUUUUAGGCAGUCAAUACUGGAAACUAAGUAUUUUCCAACAACAGAAGGAAAAACGAUUGCCGGUCUGAUCGUCAACCUGUUUGGUCUUUGUGCCAGUGCAACCGCCGUCUGAAAAAUAGAUGAAAUUGUCACUUGUACUUUAAGUUUCCAAAGUGCCGACAUGAUACAUCUACAGCUUUUUGGCGACAAGAGUUUGCCGCAAGAAUAAUUGGAUAUCAAACCAGCCUAUUAGUAUUCCGACCAUCUUUGUAAGCACCAAAUCUUAGUUUUUUUUAUUGCGCUCAAGCCACAAUGAUCAAUGAUUAAUAGACCGUCUUGAAGCCAAAAUCGACGACAACAUCUCCAAGGAAAAGUAAAAAAUAAAAAUAAAUUCCCGUAACUAGCACGCUCACCGCACUAUAUCAAUUGCCUAUUUUUCCGAUUUUCGAGUUCGAAAAUAGCUUUUGGCACUUCCAUUGUUUUUCAUUUGCGCGUUUUUUACUCAGAAGUGAAAUUUGAGGUUUGCAAUAUUAUUAUUCCAUCAGUCAAUCAGCACCGCUAAACAAAUCUCGCAGGUAUUGUACGAACCAGUUCUUUCAUUUUCCUCGUUGCUUUUGUUUCUGAAAAAACGCUGAAAUACAAAACUACAAAAAAAAGCACAUUUUGAUAUGGAAAUUUCUGGUCAAUUUAGAUUUUUCAGAAAUUAAGAGUUGACAUAACUUGAGCUUUUUUACGCAAUUCUAAAUUCGCGUCAAAAGGUAACAGUGUUUUAAACAUAGACGAGGAAUUAUUCCAAGCAAUCUGUAGAUUAACACCAGCUGGCAAUUCGCUGUCCGCCUUUUCUAACGCAACCUCGUCGAUCUUGACUUGAACUAGCCAAAAAAAAAAAAA